GAAGAUACUAUGAAUCAAUUCCAUAUUCCAAACGAUGAAGCGAAGAAGAAUCUGUUUCUAUCCGCAGUUGCCCAAAGGUUCCGAGACUUCAAGGCCAAGCUAGUGUCGGGGUGGAUCACGAAGCGGAGAAAAGUCGGGGGAACAAAGAAGAAGAAAAUCUACGACGGGGAAGCAACACCUUCUUCUGAGGCUUCACGUGACACAUCAUUCGAGGAUCCCUCCAAGCUUCCAUAUCAGAUAUGGAGGCAUAUCACAGCUGAGCAGUGGCAUGCAUUUGUUGCACAAAAAACAACUACCCAGAAGUUGUUGCAAUUCGUGAGCAAAAUAGCGCGAAUGCAAAAUCUAGGAAGCACUACCACCAUCUGGGUGCUCAUUCGUAUGGUCAGGCGAGAGAAUCGUGGAUGUAUGACCAUUACCCCACGCUUGCGUCGACCACGACGCAAUCGGGCACUAGCUCUACGACGACAGCUGCACAGCGGCAACCAGAUAGAGUGCUCGAUUGGUGGUGUUCCAUGCAUGGGUUGAUGCAAAGGGACAGAGAAUCAUACCUGAU